AGUGGCGGGAAAAGCGGUCCCUUCUAGGGCAGAGUGUUCCGGUCCUGAGUGGUAGCUCUUGGCGCCGCGGAUGGAGACGCAGUCCAAGGAGGAAGCCGCUGCCGAGGCCGCGGACUCCAGAGAGGAAGGCGAGUCGCCGCAGGUCGCCGGCGCCCAGGCGGCGCGUCCCGAGGACCGCAUGGCCCUGCUGCUCAGGGUAAGAGCACAGACCAAACAACAACUCUUGGAAUAUAAAUCAAUGGUUGAUGCAAAUGAAGAAAAAACUCCAGAACAAAUCAUGCAGGAAAAGCAAAUUGAAGCUAAAAUUGAAGAACUGGAAAAAGAAAUUGAAGAGGCAAAAAUUGCUUUUGAAAUGAAAAAACUUGCAUUAGACAGGAUGCAGCUUUCAAGUGCACUUAAAAAACACAUGGAGAAAAUUAACACCAAGACUAGUGUGCUCAUGGAUAACAUGAAACAAAUACUAAGUCUAAAUAAAUCAGUAAUGAAAUCACAGCAGGAAACCCGGGACUUGGAAGACAAAUUGCUUGAUGUUAGAAAGAAGAGAUUGCAGUUAAAACAAGCUUCAGAAAGGAAGCUUUUCGAAAUACAGACUGAAAAGAACAAACAGAAAGAUGAUUUGGGUAGUAUGGAAAAUUCGGGGAAGAUAAAGACCAUACAACAAAACCUGGAGAUGGAGAUACAGAUUACUACAGUUAUUCAACAUGUGUUCCAGAACCUCAUUUUGGGGAGUAAAGCCAACUGGGCAGAGGAUUCUGCCCUUAAGGAAACUGUUCUGCAGCUUGAGAAGAAUCUCACCAUGAUCCAAUAAGAAUUCUGUUUUGACGUAUUUUUGUUUCUGUCUUUAAUGUCAUUUAAAUUGCAAAUUUCAAGUGAAAUGCUUUUCAGUGUUUUUGGAACUGUUCUAAUACUGCAAUUUUUUUUUAGCUUAACAGUGGUACAUGGAAUUUACUGCUUUAAAUAUGAUAAAGUGACUGGCGUAAUCUAAAAGAAUCUGAAAAUGUUAGCCUUGGAAGUGUCCCAGAAGAUAUCUAGUCCAGCUUUCCACUGAAUGUGGACUUUUUUUUUUACAACAUUCCUGUAAGUCCCAACUCUCAUUUGGAAUACUUCUCUGUAUUUGUUUGUCAGCCAAAAUAUUGGAAAUUUAGAAAAGCAUAUCCACAUCUUUAUUUUUUUCAACUGUCAAUUGUAUUUUAUUCAAAUAAAUCUCAUUUUAGUUCUGUCUCA